AUAUAGGGAAUAAAAUUAACUUUAUUUAACCCACAGGGUGGUUAUAAAAAUAAGAAUAAAUGAAAAGUGUAUAUGAAUGGCACCACAUCACCUCACCCUAGAAUCCUGGGGACCAUUCCUAUACUCACUAUAUACUCUACCUUCCCUAGGGAUGAGCUAUUUGUGAUUGUUCUGUAGUUCAGCCCCCAACACUUGGGUGCUGGUUCCCAUCCCCUCUCUCCUACUCAAGAUCAUUGCUCCAGCGAUUGUCUCCUUUGUUUGUUUUCUCUCUACUGGGUUAUUCCCAUGGCUAUAAAACAUGCUGUAAUUUCUUCCACAUUCAAAACAACCAACCCACCCUACGUGGACCCCAUACCUACCUCUAGCUUCAUUUCUCUGUUCUUUUCAGUAAAACUCCAUGAAAGGGAUGGCUCUUCUGUCCGCACUUCCUUGCAUUCCAUCCUGUCUUGAACUCACUGUCGCCAACUUGCUGUUCUCUCUGCUAGGAAUGUGCUUCCCGUAGAUAUCUGCAUUGCUCCCUCACUCCAUUCAGUCUGUGCUAACAUGUCACCCUCUCAGUGAAAAGCCUUCUCAGGCCACCCUCCAUCCCCCCAGAGCUCCCUGUCCCCUCACCCUUCUUUAUUUUUCUCCAUAAAACUUUGGCCACCCGACAUAUAAACAGAAAUAUCAAUGUCAGCAUAUCAGUAUUUGUUGUUGUCUCUGUCCAUUAGAAUGUGAGAGCCACUGAGACAGGGACUGGAUUUAGUGUCUUCCUCCAAGGUAGAACUGUGCCAGUUGAGAUAGGAACUCAGUAAAUACGAAAGAAUUCUUGACCCCUCGUUCUCUCUCUGCAUAUGCAAUCUUCAUAUCCAAUCAGAUGCCAGAGCCUGUUGAUUUUAUUUCCCUACAACUCGAAUUCAUUCCUGUCCUCCUCAUUUCCACGAUCACUGUGCUGGGUCAGGCCCUUUGUUUGCUUGGAAAACCAUAAGCACCUUUCAGCUGAUAUCCCUGACUUCAGUUUUACUUCUCUUCAAUAAAAUAAUCUGGCCAGGGCCCUAUCACCUCCUCUUUAAAUUCUUCUGUGGCUUUCCCUUCAUUAAUGCGUGAAAACCAAACUUUUAUGUGUUCAGUCAGUAUUCAUUGCGUCCUCCAGACACGGUGGCAAGUGCUGGUAACAGUGAUGGUGAGACCUGGUCCUUGCCCUUGUAGUUAUUUUAUUUCUUUCAUAUGCCUUCAUUUUCCAACCCCUGAUGUCACCUCCAGCAUUAUUUUCCUCUGGAUUCUGGAAGUAAUUAAAUUUAAACUUAGAUUAAUUAAAAUUAAAUUAUAUGAGAAAUUCAGUUCGUCAGUCCUACUAGCCACGUGUUAAAUGCUUAGUAGCCACGUGUAGCUAAUAGCUACAUUAUUGACAGUACAGAUGCAAAGAUGUCUAUUUCCGUCAUCACAGGAAGUUUUAUUGGAGAGCACUGGUCUAGACCUUUCCCCAAACUACACAAGUCACUCUGAAUUAUUCUCUCCCCAAACACACCAUAUGCUUUUGGUCCACUGUUUUGCCGCUCCUCUUCACUCUGUUCAGAAUGCUCUUCUGUCCCUUUUCUGCCUAUUAAAAUUGUCUGAUUUUUAGGUCCCAAUUCAUAUUCUACAACUUACAGAACAUUUUCCUUGACACCACUCUGGCAGUUAUUACAUUAGUCAUCCUCUGACUCCCCUCCCCCCGACAGCAGGCUUCCUGUACCUCUAGUUGGAACUGGCCUUACUACCCUCCUUAAAACCCCUGAGUUCUCUUUACUUUGAGGUACGAGCCGUUCUCCACAGAACUCCGGCCUCAGCAGCUGCCAGCCAGUGAGGAAGUGAUGGUCUGCAGGAAAGCAGUAGGGAGGGCUUAGAUGGAAAAUAAGGAGGGCUGGGCCAAGAGGCUUCUAGAAGCUGAGUUCCCAUUCAGGUCAAUACUCUGAAUGUGCAGGUUUGCUUGUAAGAUGCCUGUAUUACUGUGGUUUUCUUGUUCCUUUCUGGUGAGUCCAGCUGGGGCUGGAGUCUUUGACAAAGCCUCUGCUAUUGGUGGGGUCCCUCUUUGGACUCAGAAGGAGGAAGUAGAGUGGGGGAGGUACCCAAGAGGUUUUGCCUGUUGAGCCCAGGGAAGCUGGAAGACUUUAAGGAUUGCUUUUUCUCCAGGUUUCGCCUGCACAGGUAUGCUGUGCUCCUAGCCUGUGGGUGCUGUUCUCAUCCUUAGAGGGUAAAGUGGGACUCUGCAGUUGUCUGAGAGAAGAAUCUAGAGAAAUCGGAGCAGCUCAGGGAGUUCUAAAAGCCAUGGCACAAGGAUUGGUGACCUUCAGGGAUGUGGCCAUAGAGUUCUCUCAGGAAGAAUGGAAGUGCCUGGAACCUGCCCAGAGAGACUUGUACAGGGAUGUGACUUUGGAGAACUUCAGUAACUUGGUCUCACUGGGACUUUCCAUUGCUAAGCCUGAUGUCGUUUCCUUAUUGGAGCAAGGGAAGGAACCCUGGACAAUUGCAAAUGAUAUGCCAGGAGCAUGGUGCCCAGACUUGGAGUCCAGGUGUGAGAAAUUUCCACAAAAAGACCUUUUUGAAAUAGAGUCAUUCAGUUGGGGGCUCAUGGAAAGCCUUAGAUGCUGUGGUUUUGAGGGCUCCAGUUUUAGAGAUGACUGGGAAUGCAAUGGCCAAUUUGAAAGACAACAGGUAAAUCCAGAGUGCUGUUUCAAGCAAGUGGAAAUCGCGUAUGAAAACAUGCCCACUUUUGAGCAUUAUACAUCCCUUACUCUACAUCAGGGCAGUCAGACUGGCGAGAAACUGAUUGAAUGUAGUGAAUGUGGAAGAGCGUUUAGCUGUGGCUCACACCUUAUUCAACAUCAGAAAAUUCACACUGGUGAAAAACCCUUUGAAUGUAAGGAAUGUGGGAAGGCCUUUAGUCGUGCCUCACACCUUGUUCAACAUGGGAGAAUUCAUACGGGAGAGAAACCUUAUGCCUGUAAGGAAUGUGGGAAGGCCUUUGGUCGUGGUUCAGAACUUAUUCUGCAUCAGAGACUUCAUACUGGUGUCAAACCCUAUGAAUGUAAAGAAUGUGGGAAGACCUUUAGACAGCAUUCACAGCUUAUUCUGCAUCAAAGAACUCAUACAGGUGAGAAGCCCCAUGUAUGUAAAGAUUGCGGGAAAGCUUUUAUUCGUGGCUCACAACUUACUGUUCAUCGGAGAAUUCAUACAGGUGCUCGACCCUAUCAGUGUAAGGACUGUGGGAAAGCCUUUAGACAGCACUCACAACUUACUGUACAUCAAAGAAUUCACACUGGUGAGAAACCGUAUGAAUGUAAGGAGUGUGGAAAGGGCUUUAUUCAUAGCUCAGAAGUUACUCGACAUCAAAGAAUUCAUUCUGGGGAGAAACCCUAUGAAUGUAAGGAAUGUGGGAAGGCCUUUAGGCAGCAUGCACAGCUUACUCGACAUCAAAGAGUUCAUACUGGUGACAGACCCUAUGAAUGUAAGGACUGUGGGAAGGCCUUUAGUCGUAGUUCAUACCUCAUCCAACAUCAAAGAAUUCACACUGGUGACAAACCCUACGAAUGUAAGGAAUGCGGGAAAGCCUUUAUUCGUGUUUCACAACUGACUCAUCAUCAGCGAAUUCAUACUUGUGAGAAACCCUAUCAGUGUAGGGAAUGUGGAAUGGCCUUUAUCCGUAGUUCACAACUUACUGAACAUCAGAGAAUUCAUCCUGGUAUCAAACCUUAUGAAUGUAGAGAAUGUGGGCAGGCCUUUAUUCUUGGCUCACAGCUCAUUGAACACUACAGAAUCCAUACUGGUUAGAAUGCCUUGAACGUUAGGGAUGUAGGCAAGCCUUUAUGUGAAGUUCACAUCUGACUCAAUAUUAGAUAAUGUGUAAUGUAAUGUAAUUAAUGUCAGAAAUUCUUCAUUUGUCACUUCCAUUAUGGAACAUCAGACACCUUGUACCAAAAGAAAAUUCAAUAAAUGUGGGAUUCUUUUUGCCUCACA